AUGAAUCGCAGAGUGCAAAUAUUGGUGAUCUUAGGCCUGGUUUGUGGCAGUCAGGCGCGUAUUCCCAACCUGCAAAGGGUUCUUGGAUCUGGACGCAGCGGUUUUGAUGUGGAUAUGGAGGAACCAAUGGGCCCCCAAAUUCUGAUCUAUUCCCCUGGAGAGUCCAUGGCUAGAUCCGAUGACCAGGAGCCCACCUUCCACGAACCGCAGAUCAGGGAGGAAGUAAUGGAUCCCGAACCGGAUAAGGACAGCCGCAAGGUACCCGAUUACCUCUACUCAAAUGCUAUUCCCAUGGUCAAUGAUCAGAAUGUGAAGUACGUGGUUCCCCAAGUGGCUGCUUAUCCCGUGGCCUAUGGUCCUCAGAUAAUCUCGAACAAGAAUGCCAUCAACCAAAACCAAGGAAAUGCUCUAUCUUUCGUGAUGGUGCCCCGUGUCCAAUUGGGUUUCAAUGUUCAAGGACAGUCGGGUUUUAACUUUCCUGGUCUGAAUCUGCUUCCCACAAAUCUUGGAGGAGAAAACAAUGCCGCUGAGAAGGAGGAGCCUUUGCCACCUGCCACUGCCUACAUUCCCAUUCCAGUGCCCGGUCCUCCUGGUCCACCCGGACCACCAGGUCCUCGGGGUCCAUCUGGACCCCCGGGUCCAAGGGGUCCUCGAGGUCCUGCCGGCGAAUCGGGCGUUAUUUCAGCUCAAAAGCCUCAGAGCAUUUGGUAUACCCAAACCGGCAGCAGCAACAACAAGCCCCAGUACAACACUCCCUUUUCCGGUGGUUAUCAAAGUUAA